AUGGGAGAAAUAGGAACGAAGCGAUGGAACUUUGAGGAGAAUGAGGCCGUGGAGGUAUCUCUGAACGUGCGUCAUUUUCAGAACCUCCUUACUGAGAAUCUCGACGGCAAUGACAGCAGAUCCGUCAUCUCUCUCGGACACGGCGACCCCUCUCCCUUCUCCUCCUUCCAAACAGAUCCGGCCGCCGUGGAAGCCGUCGCUGACGCUCUCCGUUCUGCACAGUUUAACCACUACUCUUCUUCUUCUGGCAUUCUUCUCGCUCGGAAGGCUGUUGCAGAGUACCUCUCCCGCGAUCUGACUUCCAAGAUAUGUGAAAAUGAUGUGUAUCUCACAGCUGGUUGUCAUCAAUCCAUAGAGCUUUUGAUCUCCACACUCGCCGCCGCAGUUCCUGGGGCCAACAUUCUGCUGCCGAGGCCAACAUACCCGUUUUACGAUGCCAGAGCAGCUUUCAGCAAGCUAGAGAUCCGUCGCUAUGACCUCCUUCCAGAGAAUGGUUGGGAGGUUGAUCUCGAUGCUGUUGAAGCUCUUGCGGAUCACAAAACCGUCGCAAUGCUUCUCAUCAACCCUUGCAAUCCAUGCGGAAAGGUUUUCACGCGUCAGCAUCUGCACAAGAUUGCAGAAACUGCAAGCAAACUUGGAGUGCUAGUGAUCGCAGACGAGAUCUACAAGGACAUGAGCUUUGGGGAGAAGCCGUUUGUGUCCAUGGCUGAGUUUGCGGAGACUGUGCCGGUGAUGAUGUUGGGAGGAAUAUCCAAGAGGUGGUUUGUUCCUGGCUGGAGAUUCGGCUGGAUAGUGACCCUUGACCCUCACUGCAUCAUGAAAGAUUCUGGCCUUGUUCGGAGUCUAGGAAACGUGUUCAACAUGUCGACAGAUCCAACAACAUUUGUUCAGGGUGCAAUUCCUGAAAUCCUUGGGAAGACGAGAGAGGAGUUCUUCUCAACGAAACUCGAGAUUCUAAGAGAAUGUGCAGAGACUUGUUACGAGGAGAUGAAGAAGAUACCAUGCAUCACUUGCCCUUACAAACCUGAGGGCUCAAUGUUCACCAUGGUGAAGUUAGAGGUAUCUCUGCUUGAGGAUAUAAGCGAUGAUUUGGAGUUCUGCUUCAAGUUGGCAAGAGAGGAAUCAGUGAUCAUCCUGCCAGGUCAAGCUGUUGGGCUUAACAACUGGUUACGCGUCUUCUUUGCGGUUGAUCUUGAGCUCCUCGUACAAGGCCUUUCCAGGCUUCACAACUUCGCCCUCAGACACUCCAAGAAGAAGAUGAUGAUGAAGCUCCCAAUAUCAUCAGUUUCAGUUUCAGAAUGA